AUGUCUUUACCUAUUUUAAAUUCAGAUAUUAUUCUUGAGAUUAUCAAGAAUUCAAAAGAUAAUACGGGUAGUUUAUUUAACUUUCUUUUUGUAAAUAAAUAUUUCAGUAAAGUAGCUGUAUCAGUUCUCUGGGAAAAUCCAUUUAAAUAUCGUAAUUUAUUAAGUAGGGACAGUCAAAAUUAUUCGAUCAUACAAACUUAUAUUAACUUUUUUAAUGAAGAGGAAUGUAAUGAAAUCAACCAAAUCUUUAAAAAUAUUAAUGAAGUCUUUAAAUUUAAUAAUGAACAAGAAAAAUCACUUCGUUUUCAUUAUGGAAAAUAUUUAAAAGAAUUUAAUUUUCAAGUUACAAGGAAAGCAAUAGAUUCAUGGUAUAGUAUUUUUAAAGAAAAGAAUAAUAUAAAAAAUGGUAGUUCACGUUAUAAUAUUGAAGAAUGUAUCAUGAAAUCAAUUAUGAGACAAUGUCAAAAAUUAGAUUCCUUGAAUUGGGGGAUAUGUUUAGUGAAUGAAGGUUUAUUAAAAAUUAUGCAAGAUAAAAUUAAGGAUUUGAAAUAUUUUACAAUAGAUCAUUAUUAUAGUAUUAACUAUGAAAAAAGUAUUUUUGGUUAUUUAAAAAAUCACUGUAAAAAUAUUUCAUGUUUAACAAUAGAUGAUUAUCAUGAUAUAUGUGGUGAUAAACUUACAGAAGAAUUUAUUUCUUUUAUUGAAUUACAAAAUGGUCUAAAUGAAUUCAUCCUUGAUCAUGCGGAAGAAGAAUAUGAGUAUAAAGAUCUUAUCACAAGCACAUUAGAAUUUCAAGCUAAUAAUUUAACUAAAGUGAUAUUAAAUGGAGUGGAUUUUAGCGAUAUAUCAUUUGAUUAUAUUGACAAGUGUAUUAAUUUAAAAGUAUUAGGAUUAAGAUAUAACAAAGGGUUAAUAUUUGAUGAUAUGGAUUUAUAUACUUCAUUUAAAAAUCUUAAAAUAUUGGAUUUAAGUUAUAAUGAAUGGUCAUCUGAAGUAACUACUUUGAUUAUUAAGAAAGCAGGAAAGAGUUUAACUUCUUUGACAAUUGGAGAAAAUAAUAUUAAACAAGCAAUUAAUGAUGAUACUUUAAUUGCUUUGACAAAUUCUUGCCCAAAUAUUCGUUCAUUAUCAAUUUCCAAAACUUCUAGUGAAAGCAUUAAAAUGGUUCUAUCAUAUCUUAAAGAUUUGAAAUUAGUUACUUUACAAUUAUUUCAAAUUGAAAAAAAAGGUACAGUUAUGAAAUCUGAAGAUCUGUUGAAUUACAUAGAAAAUGAAAAAUCUCUAUUUAAAUUGGGAUUAGGUAAAAAUGACAAGUAUUGGGAUUAUUAUAAUGAAAGACGUAGAAAUUUUGAAAAAUUUUUGAAAAAGCAUAAUGUUAAGUUGAUCGCAUAUAAACCAAAAAAUAACAACGUAUUAUGA